CUUGGCUACAGAGCAGCCGAUCUUCAUUCCAGUGCACAUGGCAAGGCAGAGGAGCUGCAGCGAUACGCGCUCAGAUGGUGAAAUGCGCUCAGGGAUUUUACGCGUAAACCCACUAUAAGGUGAUUUUACGGGACUUACACUGGGACCGCUUUAUUAUCGGACUACAACAAAAUGCUAUUUGAGGAGCACUUGACAUUUAAACAACUAUUGUCCGUAUAGGGAUUUCACUGUGCAACAUCUAUAAACGGACACGCAUGUAAUGAAAAAUAAGGAGCGUAUAUUCAGUGGAUGAGUUUUAUCCUCCAUCAGCGCAACUUUAAACAUUUUGAACAUCGGCUAUUGGAUAACAUGAACUAAAAAGUGUCUAUAUGUUCAGGAGUUUGUGUUUUAUGGAAAUAUAUAGCCUAGCUGAGAAGAGCAGAACUGAAGUUGGAGAAGAGGGUCUAUGAAGUCGGACUGAGCGUCUGAGGGAUUUUACAAUAACCUCCGAAGUCUCUGGUUUAUGACAAUGGAUUAUUUGCUGGUUUUAUACAGUUUUUUGCUGCCUCUCUCCUCUGCUGUUGAAGAAACACUGAUGGACACCAAAUGGGCCACAACCGAACUCGCCUGGACUUCGCAUCCUGAAACUGGGUGGGAGGAAGUAAGUGGUUACGACGAUGCCAUGAAUCCCAUUCGAACAUACCAAGUGUGCAAUGUUCGUGAGGUCAACCAGAACAACUGGCUUCGCAGUGACUUCAUUCCUCGCAAGGAUGUUCUCCGUGUGUACGUUGAGAUGAAAUUCACAGUACGAGACUGCAAUAGUAUUCCCAACAUUCCGGGAUCCUGUAAAGAGACCUUUAAUUUGUUUUACUACGAAUCCGAUUCGGAUUCGGCCACGGCCACCAGUCCGUUUUGGAUGGAGAACCCUUACGUUAAGGUGGACACCAUUGCUCCUGAUGAGAGCUUUUCUAUGUUGGAAUCCGGCCGGGUUAAUACUAAGAUUCGUAGCUUUGGUCCACUUUCCAAGGCUGGUUUCUACCUAGCUUUCCAAGACUUGGGCGCAUGCAUGUCUUUAAUCUCCGUCCGGGUGUUUUACAAGAAGUGCUCCACAACUAUUGCCAAUUUCGCAGUCUUCCCUGAGACAGCAACAGGCGCUGAAGCCACCUCGCUAGUCAUUGCCCCAGGCACCUGUGUACAUAAUGCUCUUGAAGUGUCCGUCCCUCUCAAACUCUACUGCAAUGGAGAUGGAGAAUGGAUGGUUCCUGUGGGUUCCUGCACGUGCAUGGCCGGGUUUGAACCUGCAGUUAAGGAUACACAGUGUCAAGCUUGCAGUCCAGGCACAUUUAAGUCCAAGCAGGGUGAAGGUUUCUGCACCCCAUGUCCACCCAACAGUAGAACAAGUUCUGGAGCCGCCAGCAUUUGUUCAUGCAGGAACGGCUACUAUCGGGCAGACAAUGAUUCACCUGACUCUGGAUGUACCACUGUGCCCUCAGCUCCACGCAGUGUCAUCUCCAGUGUGAACGAGACAUCGCUGGUGCUCGAAUGGAGCGAGCCGCGUGACCAAGGAGGAAGAGAUGACCUUCUCUACAACGUUAUCUGUAAGAAGUGUCUGCCUGAGCGCGGUACCUGCACGCGGUGUGAUGACAAUGUGGACAUCUCUCCCCGGCACCUUGGCCUGACCGUGAGACACGUUACUGUCAGAAACCUACAGGCUCACACCCAGUACAGCUUUGAGAUUCAGGCUGUCAAUGGAGUCUCCAACAAGAGUCCCUACACACCCCAGUUUGCAUCUGUUAACAUCACCACUAACCAAGCUGCUCCCUCUGCAGUUCCUACAGUCCACCUGAUGGGGGCCUCAGCCAACACUAUGAGUCUCUCCUGGCUCCCCCCUGAAAAACCAAAUGGCAUCAUCUUGGAUUACGAGAUUAAAUACCAUGAGAAGGACCAGGGAGAAGCUAUUGCCCACACAAUGACUGCCCAACGCAGCUCAGCACGCAUUGAGGGUUUGAAGCCCGGCACACCGUAUGUUGUGCAGGUUCGGGCCCGAACAGUGGCAGGGUAUGGACGAUACAGCAGCGCUUCUGACUUUAGCACCAACCACCAGGCCGAAUCAGACAAGACUCUACAGGAACAGUUGCCGCUGAUUGUGGGCUCUUUGACAGCUGGCCUGGUCUUCAUCAUUGUUGUUGUCGUCAUUGCAAUAGUCUGCCUCAGAAAGCAACGCAAUGGAUCAGAAUCGGAAUACACUGAAAAACUGCAACAAUACAAAUCCCCAAUAGUCACUCCGGGAAUGAAGGUCUACAUUGACCCCUUCACCUACGAGGACCCAAAUGAGGCCAUCCGCGAGUUUGCCAAAGAAAUUGACGUUUCCUGUGUGAAAAUCGAGGAGGUCAUUGGCGCAGGUAACCAACAACACAAGCUCCUGAGCAACAGGGGGAAGACAGCUAGGCACACCCUGGCCAUACCUUUAGAGGACUUCACUUCAAGCGGAGAGUUUGGAGAAGUAUGCCGCGGGCGUCUGAAGCUCCCUGGGCGUCGUGAGAUUAUUGUUGCUAUCAAGACUCUGAAGGCUGGCUACACCGACCGUCAAAGGAGAGACUUCCUGAGUGAGGCCAGCAUUAUGGGUCAAUUUGACCAUCCCAACAUUAUACGCUUAGAAGGGGUGGUGACCAAGAGCCGGCCAGUCAUGAUUGUCACUGAAUUCAUGGAGAAUGGAGCGCUGGAUUCCUUUCUCCGGCUAAAUGAUGGCCAGUUCACUGUCAUCCAGCUGGUCGGUAUGUUAAGAGGCAUUGCAGCUGGCAUGAAAUACCUGUCCGACAUGAACUAUGUGCACCGUGACUUGGCUGCUCGUAACAUCCUAGUUAACAGCAACCUAGUGUGCAAAGUGUCCGAUUUUGGCCUUUCUCGCUUUUUGGAGGACGAUCCCACGGACCCCACGUACACCAGCUCAUUGGGAGGAAAGAUCCCAAUUCGCUGGACAGCUCCUGAGGCCAUUGCUUACAGAAAGUUCACCUCAGCUAGUGACGUGUGGAGCUAUGGGAUCGUCAUGUGGGAGGUGAUGUCAUACGGCGAGCGUCCAUACUGGGACAUGAGUAAUCAAGAUGUGAUUAAUGCAGUCGAGCAGGACUACAGGCUACCUCCACCCAUGGACUGCCCUACUGCCUUGCACCAACUCAUGUUAGACUGCUGGGUUAAAGAAAGAAACUUGAGACCCAAGUUCUCCCAGAUAGUCAACACCCUGGACAAACUUAUUCGCAAUGCCGCCAGCCUUAAGGUGGUCACCAGCACACAUUCUGGGGCCUCCCAGCCUCUUCUUGACCGCUGUGUGCCUGACUACACCACCUUCACCACUGUGGGCGACUGGCUGGACGCCAUCAAGAUGAGUCGUUACCGUGACAACUUCCUAAAUGCUGGUUUCGCUUCCUUCGACCUGGUAGCCCAGAUGACUUCAGAAGAUCUGCUACGGAUAGGUGUGACAUUAGCCGGCCACCAAAAGAAGAUUCUCGGGAGCAUUCAAGACAUGAGACUUCAAAUGAACCAAACGCUGCCCGUCCAGGUCUGAGUUUCGACGGGCUGCAGAACUGUUUUACAGAGGAGCCAACGGACGACCCCUGACGCCUGAUCAUCUCCGCUAAUCGGAUGAAACCGGCUCGCAGUGCCUCGGACAACUUUUCUUUCCAUGUUCCUGUUACGACUGCAUUAUUUUACACCCGACAGGAUUAGAUAAGAUUAUUUUGUACUUAUUUUUAAGAAUGGAGAGAAAAACCUGUAUCCCAUGCAUGCCUCACAAGGCUCCGGUAUGGGGUGGCAUUUGCAUGCGUGCGUGUGAUAUUUUCUUUUGUGAGGCUGGCUGGGACACGCCCAAAGCCUCCCAUAAUGCAUUUCUCCCCAAAAACGGAUUUUUAAGGGGAAGACUCUCCGGAAUGAAAGCUGACGAUGGAUGAGAUACUCCUCUUAUAGUAUGCGUAACUUGAACAUACAAGACAAAAACUAAGUGAAUAUACAUUCAGUGGACACAUAUGCGCAGAAAUCCCUCCAGUGCUAGCAGAUGAUUUAUUGUGUGUGUGACUUUGUGCAUAUUCCCCAUCUUCAUAUUGAAGAUGUUUUAUUUAAAGGCACAUGCCUCAAAAAGAGGGAACGCCACAGGCGGGGGACGGAGGAUCUCAAAGGACCGGAAUAUGAGGAUGUUGUCCACUAGGUUUAAUCUGACAGAAGGACUUCUUGGAAUAUACCUGGUGAACUCAGGAUGCUCAGAUGUGUUUUUCACUACAGUAGAUGUUUUCAUUUUUUUAAUGCUCUUCCUUUACUCUGCUUCAGUUGCUGUUCCGUGUUGAGUUGACAUUUAGUAGGUCAUCAAUCAUUAUAUCAGGAUUUCUUUAGCAGUUAGGACCGAGGUCAGUGAUAAGUACACUGCAAAAAUAUUUUUCUUAAUAAGUAUGUUUACCUUGUUUCCUAAGCAUCAUCACAGCAAAAUGGAAAUCUGCACUGUAAAAAAUAUUAAGUUUAAGUAAUGCAGCAUUUUUGUCAUAUCAACAUAUAUUUUAUGUUACUUUAACUUAACAAAUUAAGUUAAACAAUUCCAACUUGUUUUAACUUUAUCCUGCAUUUUUUUACAGCUUGAGAAGCAAAAUUGGUAAACAUAGUCGUCUUAUUUUUCAAACCCCACUAGCAUGCUUUUAAGCUGAAAUCUAUAAUGAGUUACUGCAAUGUAACCAAGUCAAUUUAGUUGAAAUGAGACAAAAAUACUGAUUAAGAAAAUUAGUUUUUGCAGUGUUUAAGGUGUAAAUCACUGGACCAUCCCUAAAAUUACAUAGUGUGUGUGUGUGUGUGUGUGUGUGUGUGUGUGUGUGUCUGAAUGUUUUAAUGUGUAGGCUUGUGUGUGUCUGUGUGUAUGGGUAUGAAAUAGAGAGAACUUUGAAUUAUGCACAUGAACGUGUCAGGUGUGGUGGAAAACUAAGGCAUAAAAUUAAUUGUGACAAGGAGCUAUACAUACACAGCAUAUAUAAAUACCUAUAUGUAACUUAAAAUAUAUAAUUAUAUUUUAUUUUAUUUCCCACAGGGUCAAAAGUAAUUAUUGAUUUAUUUUUUUCCAACAAUGUAUUAAAAUGGUUUGAUUAAAAUGUUUAAGCUGCAUUCAGCGAGCUGACAUUCUUAACAAAUGUUAACAUUUUGUAACAAACGGAAAACAAAUACAAAAUAACAAUAGACACAUUGUAGAAACAUUUGGCAUGGUGACAUGAAACCUCAGUGUUUCUAUGAUCACAGAGGAAGUUCAUUGUAAUUGUUGUGAGAGAAAUGAAUAGGUGUUGAACAUAUAAUCAAUGUGGGGCCGAUCCCAAGUAAAUCUCUGCUAUAUUAAAUCUAAGCCUUUCCGUCACCAUUACAAAGCAAGAUCAUGCCAAUUCUCGAUAAUUCUAUUGUAAAGUUCAUCCACCGAACAUUUUGUUCAUAUUUUUGAACUCCAGGAUUUCCGGAGGUUUCUUCUAAUGAGAGAUUUGACUACAAUGGUAAACACGCUAGAGCUUAUAUGACACACAGGAUACGUUAUAAUACUUCCUAAAACAUAAAAAUAAUUGUCUUCCAUGUAGUUUUCGAAAAAUACAAAUUCAGGCAGUUUACUCUUUUUGCACAUAUAUAAUACAAAUAUAUUUAUAAUAUUUAUAACCAUUAGGAUGGCAGAGUCUAGUGUAUUAAAACCCAUCACAUAGGUGUCUGGACUAUUGUACUGAAUAAUGUUGUACUGCAAAAAAGCAAUAUUGUUUUUAAAAAUGUUUUACAAUUUUAAUUAUUAUAAAAUUCCCCCUAGUUUCUCCAAGAGCUCCAUGUAAAAAUGUAUAAAAUGCUGAAGUGAUAUAAUUCAAAUGUUUGAAGGCUCUUGAGCUUUAUGAGCAUAUGCACUGCUUAUGUUUAAGAGGUAAACUUAGCUGCUUUUGUCACAUUCAAUAUGACAGUGUAUUCUCUCAUCCGGAUUUGAAUGUGUGAAUGUUUGUAUGUUUCAGUAUGUUAGUGUUUGGUAAAGGUGCUAUCGUCGUAAAGCAAUUUUGGAACAGAACUUGCAUGAUUUCGGUUCAGUAUACUUGUGCCAAUAGCCUCCCAACAUCUUCUCUAUCCUCCACUCCUCUCCCGUUUCGCUAAAAAUCUAUAUUUUCCUUUUUUCUGAGUUACUCUUUUAUAUUAAAAUUGAGCAAAAAAUGUUUCUUUUGUUGUUCAAGCAAGUAGAACUCAUCACAUUGCAAAAUCACUGAACUGAAACAGCAAAUUGUCUUCUGAGUGCUGUACUUAUACUGAGGAAAGCAACACAUUUCAUGAUCAUUAUUGUUUCUCUUUCUUUUAUUUUUUGAAAGCAUUGAGAUGUAUUUAAUGGUGAAGACAAACAAACAAACAAACAAUUAAAUAAUGCAUUCUUGUAGAAAUAUUUUUAAAAAACCCUUUUGCAAUUAAAUUAUUUAAGAAAUACAUG